GACGUGGGGAGUAAGGAAAGAGAGAGACUUUGGGUGACUUUUAAUGGUGUGACUAGGACAUCUGGAAGGUGGGGGACUGGGGUUCCAUUGACUGAGCAGGACUGGGGAGGGGGGGAGCCCAGGUCUUUUUUGGACACGUUGAGUUGGAGAUCUCGUUAGACACCUGUGGAGCUGUCGGGGGGGCGUGGGCAGUGGGGCUCAUGUUCUGGGCCGGCCUGGGCUGGAAGCACAUGUCAUGAGCACAUGGUGGGUAUUUCAAGUCUUAGGCAUCCAGGAGAACAGAGAGCAAGAAGAGACACAGGGCGUUUCAUCACAUGGGCUUUUCUGGAAAGAGCCUAGAGCUGCCAGAGGGUUUGGACUGAAACUGCUAUAAAAGUGCUUCUUGAAUGAGCGCUGUUGAGCGCCCACUCCCAGCCGGGCCUCCAGAGCCCACAAGUGAGCAGAGCUGGGCGCUCAGGCUGACCGCCUAGGGCCAGGCAUCCCGAGCCUGGGCCACGGGCAAUAAGAUGCAGAUUCCUGGGCCCAUCCACGACCCACUGAAAUAGUGCCGGAGACAUUUCAACUUUUCAAGUUCCCUGGGUGAAACUUGGACGUGGAGCCCUUUGAUACCUCUCGCCCGCCGCCCUCAAGUUUACCAGCUCAGUCCUCGGAGCAUCCCGCUCGCCUGCCUCACUCACUCCGGGCCAGGAUGGCUCUCUGUCUGGCCCUGCGCAUGGCGCUGCUGCUCCUCUCCGGGGUCCUGGCCCCUGCGGUGCUCACAGCCGAGGGCCCGCAGGAGCCCGCGCCCACCCUGUGGAACGAGCCCGCCGAGCUGCCGUCGGGAGAGGGCCCCCCGGAGAGCUCCAGCCCCGCCCACGAGCCCGCGGCCACCGGCCCCCCGGCCCCCACGGCCGCGCCGGGCCCCGAGGACAGCACGGCGGGGGAGCGCCUGGACCAGGGCGGCGGCUCGCUGGGGCCCGGCGCCAUCGCGGCCAUCGUCAUCGCCGCCCUGCUGGCCACCUGCGUGGUGCUGGCGCUCGUGGUCGUCGCGCUGAGAAAGUUUUCCGCCUCCUGAAGCGAAUAAAGGGGCCGCGCCCAGACGCGGCGCAGCCCGACUCACCCCUG